UAAGCUACCUUCAAAAGUUACUUGUAUGUAUUCUUUGUGUUAUUUGAUGUCCAACGGUACUAAUCAUUUGUGGUAGAAUCGCCAUGUUGAUGAACGUUCUUGCUAACGCUUUGAAAUCCAUUACCAACGCUGAGAAGCGUGGUAAGCGUCAAGUGCUCGUCCGCCCUUGCUCCAAGGUGCUUCUGAAGUUCCUUGAGUGCAUGCAGAAGAAGGGUUACAUUGGUGAAAUCACCGUGAUUGAUGACCACCGUUCCGGAAAGGUCGUGGUCACUCUGACUGGUCGUCUGAACAAGUGCGGCUGCAUCUCUCCCCGCUUCGAUGUGAAGCUGAACGAGAUUGAGAUGUGGACCCGCAACCUGCUCCCCUGCCGUCAGUUCGGACACAUCGUCCUGACCACUUCUGAGGGCAUUAUGGACCACGAGGAGGCUCGUCGCAAGCACGUCGGUGGAAAGAUCAUUGGUUUCUUCUAUUAAACCAAUCACGGCUACUGCAUCUACGAUUUAUGGGGUCAGCUUGGGACUUUGUU